AGUUUCUCAUCUCUCAAAAAUCAAAAUCACAAUUGGCAGCAACUCGCAUAUUCCCCACAAAAGCACACAUAUUCUCCCAAACAGUAACAUUCUCCUACACUUGUUACCACGGUAGACUCUGUCCUUCAAAUCAAAGUAAAAUCAAUUCUCACCGUCGAUCUUUUAUUUCAAAAUCUAUUCUACCAUCUUACUGACGCGGAACACCAAACUACUGUGCAACCCUCGAUAGUGAACAACCACCAUUUUGCUCUAAUUUUCCUCGUGAAACCAACCUAGGCUAAUACGGCAUCGUUUAACACACGCUACGUCACAAAAACGACGUCGCAAGUGAGUGAAGGCGAGAGAGGGGAAAAAAGGAAAAAGAAAAAAAAAAAAGAAGAAGGAAAACCUUGUUUUGAAAUUUCCCUAGCUAAGUCGACGAAGUAAAGAAGAGAACAAAGAGAGUGUGGAAUGGGGGAAAGGAAAUGCUUGAUACUCAGUUUUGGUUCAAUCUUCUGAUAGUUGAAGUUUGAUUCUUUUUAAAGCGAUACGUUGCGUUUUGGAGUUUUGGUGUUAGUGUGGAUUCGGUUUAGUGAGGGAAGGGUUCGUGAAAUUUUUUGACCGAUAAGGAAAAAAAAAAUAGAAAUUGGAGAUGCAAACGGAGGCUAGGGUUGGCGUGGCGGUGGAGGGAGGUGUGAGGAAGCUGGUUCAGCCGCCGCAGCAGAAGCCACAGCAGCUUGGGACGGUGUCGCAGCUUCUCGCAGGAGGAGUCGCCGGCGCCCUCGCCAAGACCUGUACGGCGCCGCUUGCGAGACUCACCAUCCUCUUUCAGGUUCAAGGCAUGCAUUCUAAUGUUGCAACUUUGAGAAAACUCAGCAUAUGGAGUGAGGCUUCAAGAAUUAUUCAUGAAGAGGGAUUUCGAGCUUUCUGGAAAGGAAAUUUGGUUACAAUUGCUCACCGCCUACCCUAUUCGUCUGUUAACUUUUAUGCAUAUGAGCACUACAAGAAGUUAUUGAAGACAAUUCCUGUAUUGCAAAGUCAUACAGAUAAUGUCAGCGCAGAUCUUUGCAUACAGUUUGUAGGUGGUGGUCUGGCAGGAAUAACUGCUUCUGCAUCUACUUAUCCGUUGGAUCUUGUAAGAACACGGCUUGCUGCUCAGACAAACACCGCAUACUAUAGUGGUAUAUUUAAUGCUUUACAAACUAUUAGCAAGGAAGAGGGAAUAUUUGGCCUUUACAAGGGACUUGGAACUACACUCUUGACUGUAGGACCAAGUAUAGCAAUAAGCUUCACUGUAUAUGAAAGCAUGAGAUCUUAUUGGCAAUCAAAUAGACCCAAUGAUUCAGCUGCUGUUGUCAGUCUGGCUUGUGGCAGUCUUUCAGGCAUUGCAUCGUCAACAGACAAAGAGAGUCUGGUGCAGGAAGUGCACCAAGUAUCUAACCAGAUUGACCCCUAGAACCAGAGACCAGUGAAUUCUAUCAUGGGGUGGCAUUACUGAUGAAAAUUUCCUGAGUUAUCAAAUGUGAGAGGCGUCCUCUUUGAGGUAUGCUUCUCACUUAGGCUUACCUAUCACCUGAUGCUUGGUUUGGUAUCAGAAUCCUUCAAGCAUUGUUGAUAUGUUUCUGAGGAAUCUGUUCUUGCUGCUUUUAUAGUGUUCCUUUCAGCAUAGUCCAAAAUGAAGGAGAUUUUGGUCAAAGGAAACAUAGCAUACUAUAAUCGAGUUCCUUCUGAUGAAAGUAAAUGAAUUAAAGGAAAUCUCACUACAGUUCUUUGUGGGGGAGUAAACUAAAUCUUAUAUAUUUCUUGUCUUUGUAUAACUAAGGCUCUGUUUUGUUUUGCAUCUUUUAUGUUCUGGAUUUGUUGAAUGCUUAUUUUCUUUACAAUUGUUUUAUGGUUUUAUCAAAUUUGAUGACUAAUAUGAACAAGUUAUGAUCUCAUCUACAAUACAAUCCUGUGCUAAAUUGAAUUUCUUACAAGAAUGGAUAUGGUUCAAUUCAUCUGUUAUGUAAUAUGCAGCAACAUUUCCCUUGGAUCUUGUGAGGCGCCGGAAGCAACUGGAAGGGGCUGGUGGGCGAGCCCGUGUGUAUACAAUGGGCCUCUUUGGUAUGUUCAGGCACAUUAUUCGGACUGAAGGUCUGCGAGGUCUAUACAGAGGAAUUUUGCCUGAAUACUACAAGGUGGUGCCUGGUGUAGGCAUUUGCUUUAUGACCUACGAUACACUGAAGAAGCUUUUAGCCGACAUUUCUGCAUAAUCGCACAAUUCUGCUUUGGAGUUCCGAGAUACAAUUAAGUCGAUAAAGUUAUAUACUGAUUUAAGUUCGUAAGUUAUACUGAUUUAAGUUGAUUAUAUUUCAUGGGUUCGCAUGGUGGCAAUUUUGUGAUGCUGCUGUGGGGAUUGCAAUUUUUCCCUGUACAGAUCAUCAAGAACAUUUAAUAUUUACCCGUUAGCAGUCUUGUAUUCUCAUGUGGUCUUCUCUGUCUUGCGCUUGCUCUCUCUGGAAGACAGAGUAUUGGAAUGAACUAUAAUAUCAGCAACUGAAUGCCUUAAGGAGACAGUUUUUGCACAUGGAAUCUAUAUACUGUCUUUGUUCACCAGAUGAAGUUGAAGAUAUCCAUGUGAUUGUAGGCUUUCAGUGUUGUCCAGCAUUGCUGUUUUUUCCCUCAAGAAGGAUCGUUAUUUCAGAAGUGACCUAUUCUUACUAAUAGAGUAGUUAUAGUUAGUAGUUACAUGUCAUUUUAGUUAGAGUACAUUGUCUUACAUUCAUAUUAUGAGUAGUUUCAAGAGUUGUCAUUUAGAGGAAAUCUUUUUCUUACAAAUAACAAUUAAUCUCAAGUGGAAUCUUAGUUGGGAA